AUGGAGCCAUCUUAUUUUAAAAGUCCUUUAUAUCGCUAUUACACUCCUUUUACCUACAAGUACCAAGAUGACCCACCUCUCUUAAUCCGCAUGCACACAAACAAACUAUUUUUAGUAUUUUUGUCAGAAAACCACCCCAUUAAAAACGAAAAUGUCCUCGAAGUGAAAUUCAUACACAACACAGAUGGCUUGUCAGGUAAAAGAAAAAGAAACGCUCCAUUGCUUCAGCCUGCCACAAGACUUGCAGUUGUAAGAACAGAAAAUUUCACCUAUGUUAUCAGAGCUGGCGUUGAGGGGAAAUUAAUAGAGCUAAAUGAGCUUCUUUUAACAAACCCUAAUUUAUUAAAAGAGCCAGAAGGAUAUUUAGCAAUAAUGAUGCCACCUCUACAAAAAAUAAGUUCAAUAGUGAAAAGGCUGACUGAGGAUAAAUAA